CAAGGCUGUGUAAUCAGAUAUGACGAGUCCAAACUGCGGAGACAUGGAGCAACUCAAGACGAACGUCUUUAAAAACCUUCACAGCCGCAGUACUAAUCGAGUACUUCAUAUCAGAGAAAGUUGGGAGCUGAGUCCUUUUACUGGAGAAUCUGCAGAUCAGUCAUCUAGCAGGAACUUGAAACCUUUUCGCCGUUUGGAACUCAAAGCAGACAUGGAAAAUUCAAAUUCAAAUGUUUGAACGUGUGAAUCCGUUCAACUCCGAAAGAUAAAACCAAAGAUCAGAUCGAAUGGUAGGGCAAGCUGGCACUGCGGAGUGUUCUCCACGGAAGACUGGAGUGGACUAACGGAACCAGGGUUUUUUUCUUUUUAUGGCGGGAAAUUUUAAACUGUUUCUUGGAUUCCAGUGCAAUGUGUGUGGACGGUGGAGAGAACCUGCUAAAUGGAAACAAGUUUCGAACUCGCAAAUUUUUAAAUUGGUUGGAAGUUGAAACGAUUUUCAGUUAAGUUUUAGAUUUAGGGUUCCGAUGUAGCUAGUCUGUCGGUCGAUCGGUCAGUCGGUCAGUCGGUCAGUCGGCCAUGGUUAAUAGUGAAUGGCCUCUGUAGAUGCGUGGUUGGGCGGGAGGUGAGGUCGUUGGUUGGACUGUUAAAAAUUUGAAUUUUCUGGGAACGACUCGACUUUAAUCCUUAUUCAUGGGGUUGCUUCUCUUGUUCAAACAUAAAAAAUUGCAGGAUCCUGAAUUAUGUAAAAACGCUAUUCACAGAAAACUAAGAAGAAUUUAUUUUUUAAAUUUCGUGUUGUCUUGGCGUCCUUUUCUCGUGACCCACCAAGUCGUCGUCAUCGUGUCUACGUGGGGCAGAGGAGAGCGAAUAGAAGAUUACAAGGGAUCAGAUAACGAUGUCAUCUGGUCCUGUCCCGGUGAAUUGCAUAAAGAUACUCUUGGAUAACUCUCAAUUAUUGCUUCCAACGCCCAUUCCUCCUUCUUUUCCUCCUCUUAUAUUCCUAUUUAAUUCUCUUUAUAUUUUAAUGUUCAUUUUGAUGAUAGAGAUGAUAGUUCUCUCUUUCCCCCACCCCCAUACAUUUAUUUAUACGUAAUUUGGUGUUGGUCGAAUUCGGCAGAGUGAUAUGUUCGUGGGUUCUGCAGAUUGUGGAUUGUGGUCUCCUUAUGCUCUAUCGGUUCUGGUUUUGGCGUCUGUUUGUAUAAUUCAUUUGGCGCUCUCUUGGAUUUUGCAGUUGGUAAUUAGAGUUCUCUUCUGAUUUUGUAUUACUUACUAGCAUGCUGUAACUUCUUCAUUUCUAAUGCCUACAUUGAUGUUUAUUUUCUCAUUCCAUUUCAUUUCACUGUAAUAGCUUCUGGGAUGAUGUAUCAGCCUGUGUAACAGAGUACUGUACUAUUGUUGUUGAAUUAUUUGGUUUUAGAAUAUUUGCGUUGAACUCACAGUUGCUUACUUUGGUGUAUAUCAAAGAUAUUGUUGUGGGUUUCGGUCUGGUCUACUGGUUUUUUUUCUGUUCUUUCUGGUUGCCACGUUUUGAGCUACUUAAUUUGCCACAAGGAUGUACUGUGACACAGUUUUCUGUAAAUAGAUGAUCACAUCUAGUGUAAUCAAAGUUAUCGAAGUAGUUCAGUAUAAGAGUGUGUCUAACUGCAUAUUCCACUUUCCGCUAGGGAAAACACCUUGAUAGGUUGAGAUGGAACAGACCCAGGUUCAAUAGCCAAUCCUGUGGAGUAUGCAAAAGAAGACUGUUGGAAUCUUCUUUUUGUGAAAUGUGAAUUUCACUGAACAGCUACUCUCUCCUUGAAGGUGGCACACUGCCUGGCAGAGACUGCACACUUAGAUCUUUUUAUCUCAUCGCAUGUCAUAUAUGAAGUCCGUUUGUGUGUUUUGGUUCUUUUGCAUAAAGAGGAUUAUUGGUUUUUGCUCAGAUCCAUGUCCUUGACAGUGAACUUUGAAUCUACAUCAUGACACUUUAAUAUGAAUAUGAUAUGUGCUCCUUCAGCAGUUGUGUUUUCUAGGCCUCUUCCCUGGUUUUGAGCCCCUUCGAAUGACUUUUUUUAUUAGGAAAUGUUUGUUAUUAUGGAUUAUUAUGUUUCCCUUGCAUAGUUUUUCAUCACUAAAUGAUUCCAAAGCUUGCCUUCAUUACUGUUCCGUGAUGGAGCUCUCUUCCAUCUGCCUUGAGAUGGAUUAAUUUAAUAGUAUCUUGCAUAUUAUGUUAAGACUGAUCUCAUUUUUAUCUCAGGAUUGGGACAUUUAUUGGAAAUUCAUAUUUUGAAGGGCAAUUGUUUUAUACAUAUAUGCUCUAUAACAUCUUUUUUCCGCAUAUUUUCUCAAUACCCACAUAUGCUUUUAUCCCACUGUAUAUCUAAACACCCAUUUCUUCUUUACAUUGAAGUUACAACAGUUUGGGUGUGUAUCAAGGAAUUCUUGCCUCUUUGGAAAACAUGGGCAUGAAAGAAUGCAAGUGGUGAGAUUAAAUUUUUAAGCUUUUUACCUAGAAGGAUUUUUGUGUCAUAUUUAUUUCUUCAAAUUUUACAUGUUUAACGUUUUCCUUUUCUCGUAAGAACACAUCCUGGAAUUUCUAGCUUUCAUGAAUGUUGCAAUGACCACUUCUUGCUUACUUUAUGAUUUGAUUUAAGCCUGGACUUCAAGUCAUGUAGUGUCUCCCACAAGUCAUCUUUCCAGGUUUACUGUGAUGCUAUGAGGACCAUUAAUAUUCAUUCUGCAAAUCUUCACAUGGAGGACUUUUUUCGACAAGUAGGCCCCAUGGAGAGUUGAACUCAAGACAUCUUAAUUGAGGUGUUGGUCCUUGCCAACUGAGCUACCCCUAGAUGUUUCAAUGGAAGAUUUGUUUGCUCAUCUUUUGGCCUUGACUUCAUAUAUAAGCCGCCAAUUCAUUCGCUUUGUUGAGGAUCUUGUGUCCAGAGAUGUCUAUAUAUGUUCACAAGAUGCAAGGGUCUCAUCUUCUGGGCAGUGUUUCAGAUAUUUGGGCAGCAGCAUUUCACAGUCAAUUCUCCAUAAUUGUCCAACAGUUCCUAAGCCUUCCAAUGCAGGUGGGAGCCUCCAAGCUCGUGAAAGAAGGGUGUCAGACUUAAAAGAGCAGUUGCCUGUAAAUUGUUCUGAAGUUGUAGAAACCUGUCAGAGCCGUUGGAGUGGUCCUUUUCUUUUCCAAGGGUUUAUUCUCCCGAUAUUUGGUCUCAGACUAGCCUGGAGAUUGGCCAUUACCUGUUGGAAGAGUUUUUUUCUUCAUAUUAGACAUGUUCAAAUUCGAGUCUGUAGUUUUAUAUCUCGAGUGCAGAGGACGCUGCAUGGAUCUUCCAGUGAAAUUGGAUGGCUACAAAGAGCUCCUGGAGUGCCACAUGUUAAGGAUGGUACAACCAGAUUCAUGGAACUUCUUGAUGGCAUAAGAAAUGGCGAGCACACUCUACCUAACUCUUUUGUAUACUUACUUAUUCCAGGUCUUUUUAGCAACCAUAGUCCCUUGUAUUUUGUGAGCACAAAAAGGUUUUUCUCGAAGAUGGGUCUUGCUUGCCAUAUUGCGAAGAUUCAUAGUGAGGCAUCAGUUGAGCACAAUGCCUGGGAAUUGAAGCAAUACAUUGAAGAACUUUAUUGGGGAUCAGGCAAGCGCAUUUUGCUGCUUGGACACAGUAAGGGUGGGGUGGAUGCUGCUGCUGCGUUGUCAAUUUACUGGUCUGCCUUGGAGGACAAAGUUGCUGGGUUGGCACUGGUGCAAAGUCCAUAUGGUGGAACCCCUAUUGCUUCUGAUAUUCUCCGAGAAGGCCAGAUUGCUGACAAGGAAGCCAGGAGAAUCAUGGAACUCUUGAUCUGCACGCUGAUCAAGGGUGAUAUUCGGGCCUUAGAGGAUCUCACAUACGAGAAGCGGAAAGAAUUCAUCAUGAAGCACAAGCUACCAGAACAAGUCCCUCUUGUCUCCUUCCACUCCGAGGCUAGUGUGGCCCCAGGGGUUCUUGCCAUGAUGUCUCACAUAGGCCAUGCUGAGCUUCCAUGGUUUCCCUUUGCUAGCUUUGGUGGUGAGGAGUCUAAUUGUGUACCCAUGAGCCAUAAGGUGCCUGUGUUAAUCCCUCUUGCUGCUGCCAUGGCUGUGUCUGCCCUGCACUUACAACUUCGGUAUGGAGAGAAGAGUGAUGGGUUAGUAACCCGCUCUGAUGCUGAAGUUCCAGGAUCUGUUGUUGUCCGACCCGAGAGGAAGCUCAACCAUGCCUGGAUGGUUUACUCUUCACAGAAGAAGGAUCCUUAUGAGCCUGAUGCUCGCGAGGUGUGUGAGGCUUUAUUGACUCUGCUUGUGGAGAUUGGCAAGUGAAGCAAGACCAUGAAGGUAUCCGAACAACUAAGUAAGGACAAUACUAAUGAAGGGUGGCAAUUUAAUCGCCACACAGAAAUUGUAAGGCCUCUCAGCAUCAACUGAAACUAUUCCAUCCACAAGACUAGUGUUGGUUUGUAUUGGGGCAUACACCAAAAAUCAUGACAUUUGAGAGAAGAAAUUGCUUGAAAGGUGAAGAACAGUCAGAAUCAUGCAGAUGCCUCGCACAGCACAACUCUAGCUUGUUUAGUUGAACAGUUGAAUCAAACAAUCAAAGAAUGAUUUUUUUCAUGCCCAAGAAGCUUCUAAUACCAAUGCACCAAAACUAUGUUCCAUUAUAUUGGUGUGGAUUCAUAUUAUUUAUAAUUCAUUGGGUGCUGUUUCAAUUCUUAAUGUCAGGAAAUUUCUAGUUGUCAGAUAAAUAUCAGGAUUUGUUUGUUAUGAACAUGUUGGGAACAUUUUCCCUAAACAGUAUCUUGUAUUGAAUUUAAAAUUACUAUGGUACAAGUCCAAUUUUAUCGGA